ACUAUUCCCCCCGUGGCAACUGCCCAGGGUCGGUGACAGCCAGAGCCGGGCGAUGCCCCCAGCCGACGGGUGGACAGAGGCGCCGUCAGGUUUCUUGGAGUCUCUGCAGAGCCCCUGGGCCAGACCCCGUAGUGAAGGCUGCAGGAUCUUCCUUCCAGCCCCAGAAGCUCUGGUUGAGUCCACGGACCCGCCUGGCCUCAGGGUACUGGGAAGAGCGGAGUUGUCAGCAGGAGAGCCUGAGGGUUGAGGCUCAGCGGGACAAUGCCAGCCAACCGGAGCUCUCCCCAGUGGUCCCCAGCCCUGGCUGCAGAGGGACGUGGCAGUGUGUGUGAGGUGUCAUUCGAGGAUGUGACUGUGGACUUCAGCAGGGAGGAGUGGCAGCACUUGGACCCUGCUCAGAGGCGCCUGUACCGGGAUGUGACACUGGAGAACUAUAGCCACCUGUGCUCAGUGGGGUACCAAGUUCCCAAACCAGAGGUCAUCUUCAAGAUGGAGCAAGGAGAGGGGCCAUGGACGUUGGAGGAGGAAACCCCACAUCAGAGCUGCUCAGAUGAGGAUAAUGGGCAAACCCAACAACAGAGAAUUUCUGGAGAAGUUUCAUUACACUGUGAGAAAUUUGGUCAAUCCAUAGGAAAAGAUUCAUUGUGUUCCAUUUUAGAAGAACUGUGGCAAGAUAAUGACCGGCUAGAGAGAUAUCAAGAAAACCAAAAUAACCCUUUAAGUCAUGUGAAAGUAUUGAUUAAGGAGAGGGGCUAUGAAUGUAAAAACAUUGAAAAAAUAAUUCACGUGAGUACCAGGCUUGUUCCUUCCAUUAAAAGACUCCAUAACUAUGACACAAUUGGAAAGAGUUUGAAGCAUACUUUAAAUUUACAUAAUCAUAAUAAAAGCAAUGCAACAAAGAACUUUGAUAAGAUUUUUAGAAAUGGUAACAAUUUUGCCCAUAGCUCUUCCUUUACUAAGAAUGAGAAUGCUAAUACAGGAGCAAACUCCUGUGAACUUAAUCAAUGUGAAAAAUAUCUUGGCCACAAACAAGUUCUCACCCACCGUCAGAAAAUUCAUACUGAAGAGAAACUUUAUGUGUGUACUCAAUACGUACAGACGUUCACCCAAAAGUCACAUCUUUUUGAGCAUCAGAGAAUUCAUGCUGGAGAAAAAUCCCAUGAAUGCAACAAGCGUGAGAACGUCUUCACUCAGAAGCCGCAAACUGAGGUACCUCAAAGUGUUUACACAAGAGAGAAACCUUUUAUAUGUACUCAAUGUGGGAAGGCCUUUACGCUCAGGUCAAACCUCAUUACACAUCAGAAAAUUCAUACUGGGCAGAAACCCUAUAAAUGCAGUGAAUGUGGAAAAGCCUUUUUCCACAGAUCAUAUCUCUUUAGACAUAUGAGAAUUCAUACAGGAGAAAAACCUUAUGAAUGCAGUGAAUGUGGAAGAGGCUUCUCCCAGAAUUCUGACCUCAAUAUACAUCAGAAAACUCAUACUGGAGAGAAACACUAUGCAUGCAGUGAAUGCGGGAAAGCCUUCACAAGAAAAUCAGCACUCAGGAUGCAUCAAAGAAUUCACACAGGAGAGAAACCUUAUGUAUGCACUGAAUGUGGGAAGGCCUUCAUCCAGAAAUCCCAUUUCAAUACACAUCAGAGAAUUCAUACUGGAGAAAAACCUUAUGAAUGCGGUGACUGUGGGAAAUCGUUCAUUAAGAAAUCACAACUCCAUGUGCAUCAAAGAAUUCAUACAGGAGAAAAACCUUAUAUAUGUACAGAAUGUGGAAAGGUCUUUACUCAUAGGACAAAUCUCACUACACAUCAGAAAACUCAUACUGGAGAGAAACCGUAUAUGUGUGCCGAAUGUGGAAAGGCUUUCAGUGAUCAGUCAAAUCUCAUUAAACACCAGAAAACUCAUACUGGAGAGAAACCCUAUAAAUGCAAUGGCUGUGGAAAGGCCUUCAUAUGGAAGUCACGCCUUAAAAUACAUCAGAAAUCUCAUAUUGGAGAGAGACACUAUGAAUGCAAUGAAUGCGGGAAAGCCUUUAUCCAGAAAUCAACACUCAGUGUGCAUCAGAGAAUCCAUACAGGAGAGAAACCCUAUGCUUGUCCUGAAUGUGGGAAGGCCUUCAUCCAGAAAUCACACUUCAUUGCACAUCAUAGAAUUCAUACUGGAGAGAAGCCUUAUGAAUGCAGUGACUGUGGAAAAUGCUUCACGAAGAAGUCACAACUCCGGGUGCAUCAGAAGAUUCACACAGGAGAGAAACCCAAUAUAUGUGCUGAAUGUGGAAAGGCCUUCACUGACAGGUCAAAUCUCAUAACACACCAGAAAAUCCAUACUAGAGAGAAACCCUAUAAAUGCAGUGACUGUGGAAAAACCUUCACCUGGAAGUCACGCCUCACUAUCCAUCAGAAAUCUCAUACUGGAGAGAGACACUAUGAAUGCAGUAAAUGUGGGAAAGCUUUCAUCCAGAAAGCAACACUAAGUAUGCAUCAGAUAAUUCAUACAGGGAAGAAACCUUAUGCUUGUACAGAAUGUCAGAAGGCCUUCACUGACAGGUCAAAUCUCAUUAAACACCAGAAAACUCAUAGUGGAGAAAAACUCUAUAAAGCCAGUGACUGAAAAUGCCUUCAGCUGGAAAUCACAACUGGAUAUGCAUCAGCUGUCUCAUAGUGGAGAGACGAGGAGUGCCUGAUGCAUCAAUCAUUGUACAGGGGGAGUAGAUAUGACAGACUACAAACAGCCUAAGUGAACAGAGGGCAAACAAAGUCAAGUAUCCUUCAGUCAGGUGGAAUACAAGUUGAUAAGCAAUUAUAUGCAUAGGGAGAUACUUCGAUAAAGCAUUUGAGCAAUAGCCCUGUUUGGUUUUAUGAUUCACACAGGUACUCUCAAUCUCCUGCAAAUGGUAGAAAUAGAGACCCCAGGAGAUGACUUGUAAUCUCCUGUGUUUCACUUUUUGGAUAAAGGACUUUAUAAAUUCAGCACUGAUUUGUCCUUCAUACCUUGGGAUGUAAAAGUCCUCAAUACUGGCCAAUUUUUUUUUUCAAAUUUCUAGGGUGGGGAGAAGAGUAUUCAUUGUUCAAACACCUCCAGGGCACUGAAGUCAAGGCAAAAACCAAUUUGGGAAUGUAUAAUAGAUCUAUGAGUAGAAGCCAGAAGUUUUUGUUAUCAUUGACAUUUAAGACACAGAAAAUAUUGCCCUGAGGAACCGUUCUUUCUCUUCCCUUUGAGAAGUCACCAUGGUAUAUUUUUUAAAAAUUAAAUACAAUUUUUAAACUUAAAGUCUGACUUUAUGCAUUGGCAAAUUAAGCAUAGCUCUAGCCUAUGUUACAGGAAUAGAGUUAUUAAAUGUUACACACACCUAAAGGUGGCAAUUGUUCCCUCAUUAAUUCUAUGCUGUGGCAGCAGGUGAUUCGCACUCGAAAAUGGUAGGCAUACCUUCUAACCUGUACCCCAAAAGCUAUCAUUAUAUAAGCUGCAGACCAUAAACUUCUUAUCCCCUUAGUAACUGCCCCUAAGACAAUGAAACUGAGCCACAGCACUCUGGACUUCCAGUCUCAUCCACUGAAGCUUCUGCUUUCUUUGGGAUUUCUGUUUGAAAAACAAUGGUUAAGAAAUUGGAUUUCAAUACAUAAAACUUUGGUGGUUUUUCUUCCAAUUUAGUUAAUUUGAUAUAUUUAUUUUCUACAUGCACAUUAAGAGUAAUUUUGUGUAGAUUGCUAUGGGAUAAAGUCAUGUUGCAUUGUAGUUUUUUAGCCUAAGAUAUGAUUAUAGUUUAUUAUAGUUGAAUAACUGGAAGACUUCUCUGAGAACACUGCUUUUUUUUAAAGCACUGAUAUAUAAACGCUUUCUUGUUUUCAAUUAAAUGUUUUUUGGAAUACUCAUAAGAAAGGGGCUUUCUUUCUAGCAUGUAGUUUUAUUUUGUUUUUAAACCUUUUUAUUAAAGUAUAAUGCAUACAGAAAUUGCAUAUAUCAUAAGCAUACAGCUCAAUGAAUUCUCACAAACUGAACACUGAUCAAGAAACAGAACAUGACCAGCACCCCAGAAAAACUCCCUGUGCUCCCUUCCAGGCCUUACUGUCCACCUACCCCGCCAGGUAAACACUACCCUGACUUAAAUAGCUUUGUCUGGUUGGUAUUUUAUUAUAUAAAUUGAGUCAAACAAUUAUAUUUCAUAUGUUGGUAAUAUACUCAAGUGUCUAUCUUCUUUCAUUCACAUUAUAAAUAUGAGAUUCGUCCAUAUUGUUAAAUGUAGUUAUGGAUAAUUCAUUCUUAUUGUCAUGUUAUAUUCCAUUCUGUGAAUACUCUACAAUAUAUUUAUCCAUUCUAUUGUUAAUGGACAUUUGUGUUGUUUGCAGCUUGGGGCUAUUGGGAAUAGUGCUACUAUAAAUACUUUAGUACCUAUCUAUUGGUGAACAUAUUUAUGAACUUCUGUUAGGUAUAUAUCUAGGAGUUGAACUGCCAGGCUAUAUGGUGUCCAUGCUCAGCUAGUUUAUAAAACUAGUUUUCCAAAGUGGUUUCGCCAAUGUACACUCCCACCAGCACAGUAUAUGAGUUCUAUUUGCUCCACAUCCUUGUCAACACUUGGUAUUUUCCAUCAUUUUUACUGUAGCCAUUAUGGUGCAUGUACAGUGAUAUCUCAGUGUGAUUUAAUUUUUAUUUCCUUAUCCUCCAAUCCCACCAUCUUCCCAAGACAGUUGACUGAUAUCUCAGAUCUGAAACCCAGGCAUGGCUCUCAUGUGACUGUACCAUUUUACAUCUCACCAGCAAUAGUAAGCAAUUAGUAACUUUAAAUCUUUCCACACAAAAAUGCCCAAAGCUUGAUGGUUUAACUGCUUAAUUGCAUUAAACAUUUGAGGAGAAAUAAUAUCAACACUCCACAAAAUCUUUCAGAAAAUAGAGGAGGAAGGAACACUCCCCAACUCUAUGAGGCCAGUAUUACCCUGAUACUUAAGCCAUACAAACACAUCACAAGAAAAUAAAACUACAGACCAACAUUCCUCAUGAACAUAGAUGUAAAAAUCUUCAACAAAAUAUUAGCAAAUUGAAUCCAGCAACAUAUGAAAGGACUAUACAUCAUGACCAAGUGGGGUUUAUUCCAGUGAUAUAAGGCUGCUUCAACAUUCAAAAAUCAGUCAACGCAAUCUACCAUAUUAUAUAUACAAGGUAAAGAAGAAAGAUCACAUGAUCUACAAAUUCAAUACAACUUUAUCAAAUUUCCAGCAGACUUUCUUCCCCAGAAAUUGAUAAGCUAAUCCUAAUAUUUAUAUAGAAAUAGAAAAGACCAAGAUUAGCAAACAGGAAUUUGCCAAAAAGCAAAGUGGAAGGACAGUAACCUCCCAAUUUCAAAACUAUAAAACUACAGUAAUCAUGACAGUAUGGUACUGGCAUGGGGAUAGAGACAUAGAUCAAUGGAACAGAACAGAGAGUCUAGGAAUAAACCCUGAUACUUAUGGUAAAAAUAUUUUUUACAAAAGUGUGAAGGCAAUUCAUUGGGGAAAGAAAAGUCUUUUCAACAUUUGAUGCAAGAAUAAUUACAUAUCCACAUGCAAAAAGAUGAAUUUAAAUCUUACUUCACACCAUACUAAAAAUUAACCAAAAAAUGGAUCAGAUAUGUAAAUAUAAAAGCUAAAACUAUAAAAGUUUUAGCAGAAAACAUAGGAGAAAAAUCUCUGUGACCUUGUAUUAGGCAAGGAAUUCUUAAGUAGGACACCAAGAGCAUGAUCCAUAAAGAAAAAAUGAUAAAUUAGACUUCAUUAAAAUGAAAAAGGUUUAAACUUCAAAAGGUACCAUUAAGAAAAUGAAAAGACAAAGCACAGACAGGGAGAAAACACUUGUAAAUCAUUUACCUGAUAAAGGACUUGUAUCCAGAAUAUAUACAGAACACUUACAACUCAAUAAAAAGAGGACAAGCAACCCAGUUUAAAAUUAGGCUGAAGAUUUGAAGAGAUAUUUCACCAAAAAAUAUAUACAAAUAAGCACAUGAAGAGAUGCCCAACAUCAUUAGUCAAUAGAGAAAUUCUAAUUAAAACCACAAUGAAAUACCACUUUAUAUGUACUAAAAUGGCUAAAAUUAAAAAAAAACAAUUAUAACAAAUGUUGGCAAGGAUAUGGAGAAUCAGGAACUUUCCUACAUUUCUGGUGUGACUGCAUUAAAAUGGUAUAGCCAUUUUGGAGAAGUUUGGCAGUUUCUUAAAAAGUUGAUGAUAAAUUUACCAGAGGACCCAGUACUGCCAUUCCCAUUAUCUACCCAAAAGAUAUGUAAUGUUUUCAUGCAAACACUUACACUUGAAUAUUCAUAACAGCAUUAUUCAUACAAGACAAAAAGUGGAGACAAUCCAAAUGUCCAUCAACCAGCAAGUAGAUAAACAAAAUGUGGUAUAUUCAGCAAUAAAAAAGAACAAAUACUAAUAAAUACUACAGCAUGAACUGUUCAACUAUGGAUGAACUUCAAAAAUAUGCUAAGUGAAAGAAGUGAGACACAAAAGAUCUAGGAUUGUAUUUGCCUAUUUAUAUGAAAUGUCCGCAAAAGUAAAAUUUACAGAGAUCUGUAGAUUAGUGGUUGUCUGGGUGUGAGAAUGGGAAUCGUCAUUAACUGUUAAUUAGUACAAGGAAUCUUAUUGGGGUGAUUAAAAUGUUAUAGAACUUGAUUGUGAUGAUGGUUGCACAACUAGGUAAAUUUAAUAAAGGUCAUUGAGGUGAUCCUUAAUUCCAUUCCUGUUUAAACAUCUGGGUUCCCUGCCAUAACAUCUAUUGCCACCCAUAUCUAGAAUGAAGUGUUGUCUUGGAGCCUGUUGUACAUUUAAGAAUAAACUUUUGUUUUUUUCAAAAA